CGGGUGUCUGCGUUUAUUGACCAGUGAGAAAAGCACACUGAAAGCAGUGGAGAGAAUGGAUUCCUUUCGGUGGUUUUCCCUGGUGACGCUGGUGACAUUAGUGUUGUUUGGUGCGUUUGCUGAUUGCAAUGAUAGCUUCUACUCGAACUCUACUCAAACGCUUGCCCGACGGAAAAGGAAUCUUAUUUUUCAUCCCAUUUCCAGAGGAUUUUUCCGUGUGAACAUUAAGGACGCUAUUGCAGACAACACCACGAUCUGGGCACACGGUAUCGGGUUCCGUAUGAACAUUGAGUUCUACAAUCCACCGGGGCUAAAGAUUACGCGUCGAGAUGUGCAUCAAUCGCUGGAGAGCAUGAUCAUGGCCCAUGGAUUCGAUGGCCGAGCAUGCAUCCUGCGCACGUUUUGCGAAGUGUCAAAGGUUAUGACUCCGAAGAGCGGUAUUUUGUUCAAGCUGUUCAAGCUUAUCUUCCGAUCGAAUGCGUCCGGCUCUGAUGACAGUUCGCUCGGUUCUUCAAACAGUUUACCGGAGGGUGACGAUGAGUACUUCCCGUACCUGACAGCGAAUGAUUGCAAGGAGCUCGAUCGCCACUGUCCCGUUUCGCAGCUCGAUAUGGAUAAGAUGGCACGGGCACCAGCUGUAUCGGAAGAGGUCACCGAAGAAAGUCGUGCGGGAUACUAUUGAGAAGUACAGCAUCGAAGGGCAUCAUUAAGGAAUGAAA